AUGCCUACCAAGCCCAACAACGACUCCAACACCACCCUCGCCAGCAACGGCAGUACAGACCAAGUUGUCGUCAUGCAGGGUCCUAAUGGUGGUCGUAAAGCUCCCGUCGUCAUCCAUCAAGGUGGCCAGACCUAUGACGAGACAAGACCCUCGGACUGGGACAAGCAGCGCUGGAAGUAA